CUUCCUCCGUGAGGUGAAAGGACACAGAGCAGCGAGCUAACAUGACAACAUUAAGACCGUUUACCUGCGAUGAUUUAUUUAAAUUCAACAAUAUUAACUUGGACCCUCUGACAGAAACCUAUGGGAUCCCGUUCUACCUGCAGUACCUGGCUCACUGGCCCGAGUACUUCAUCGUGGCCGAGGCUCCUGGUGGUGAACUGAUGGGCUACAUCAUGGGGAAGGCGGAGGGAUCCGUGGCUCGGGAGGAGUGGCACGGUCACGUCACCGCUCUGUCCGUGGCCCCGGAGUUCAGGAGGCUCGGCCUCGCUGCCAAACUCAUGGAGAUGCUGGAGGAGAUCUCAGAGAGGAAGGGCGGGUUCUUCGUGGAUCUCUUCGUGCGUGUCUCCAACCAGGUGGCGGUGAACAUGUACAAACGUCUGGGCUACAGUGUGUACAGGACGGUGAUCGAGUAUUACUCGGCCAGCAACGGAGAGCCCGACGAAGACGCUUACGACAUGAGGAAAGCUCUGUCCAGAGACUCGGAGCAGAAGUCCAUCGUCCCUCUGCCUCAUCCUGUCAGACCAGAGGACAUCGAAUAACAGCAGACUGUGGCUCUCUGCAGCCUCAUAUAUUAAUAUUAUAUAUAUAUAGAUAACAUUACAGGCACAUUGUACAUAGUCAAACUGUCAGAGAGCCACGCUGUACAAAUAUCAUCUUUUCAUUUCAUGUAAAUUCUGUUUUCUUAAGAAAAGAAACCACAACGAGUGAGUUUGAAUAGAUGUUUGUAUAAUGCAGAAGAACACGUCGUACAAUAAAGACUGAUCACCAGC